AUGAAUCUGGAGCAACCAUCUAAGACAGAUUCAUUUCCUACAUCAUCAGAACCAAAGACUCCGCAGUGUUCCGGAAUGUCAGAGCUUCCUUCCGCAGCUUCAGAGCGAGAAAAACUCGCCGCUGGCAAAACGGAUCUAUCUACACCACUUGCUAUUCAUUUUUCCCUCGGAUUAGCGUAUACCAUUGGAUCUGCGGUUGGCUCCAUCCCCCCUUCCGUAGACGUAUGUCUGGAAGCAUUCACUGUGCCAAACAAGGCUGGUCUUACUGCAGGAGCGCGUGCGUGGUCGAAGCACUUUCAUCGAUCCCAAUCUGCGGAGGAACUUACAAGUAAAGGCUGGUGGGGUCAGCCCUCUGGGCCUGUGACAAUCAUCAAUGAACGAGCGUUGGCACUGUUCUGGAAAAUCGUGAAUGAAGCCUCGUGGAGGAACCUUCAUUGGCUGCCUCACCGUAUUUUGGUCUAUGAAGUGAGGAUCGAAGAAGGGUAUGGCAUGAGAUGGUUUCAGGAUCAAAGUCCGGGGGAACAAGGUCCUGAGGACCUUGGGGUGCGCCCCUGGAUCUUUCGAGGAUUCGUCGAGCCGAUGAUGGAAAAUGGCCAUGAAGUUGGAUGGCGACAUUAG